GCCGGAGCGGCGGGCAGCGCCGCCGGGAUGAGCGCCAGUGCGGGCGGCGGCGGCGGCGACAGCGGCAGCAGCAGCAGCUCACAGGCCUCCUGCGGGCCCGAGUCCUCAGGCUCCGAACUGGCCCCCAGCGCGCCGGCGCCGCGGAUGCUGCAGGGGCUGCUGGGCUCCGACGACGAGGAGCAGGAGGACCCCAAGGACUACUGCAAGGGCGGCUACUACCCUGUGAAGAUCGGGGACCUGUUCAAUGGGCGGUACCACGUGGUGCGCAAGCUGGGCUGGGGCCACUUCUCCACCGUCUGGCUCUGCUGGGAUAUCCAGCGCAAGCGCUUCGUGGCCCUCAAAGUGGUGAAGAGCGCAGGGCAUUACACAGAGACAGCUGUGGAUGAGAUCAAGCUCCUGAAAUGUGUCCGAGACAGUGACCCCAGUGACCCCAAAAGAGAAACCAUUGUCCAGCUCAUCGAUGACUUCCGGAUCUCAGGGAUUAAUGGAGUCCACGUAUGCAUGGUACUGGAGGUCCUGGGCCACCAGCUCCUCAAGUGGAUCAUCAAGUCCAACUACCAGGGCCUGCCUGUGCCGUGCGUGAAGAGCAUCGUGCGGCAGGUGCUGCAUGGCCUGGACUACCUCCACACCAAGUGCAAGAUCAUCCACACGGACAUCAAGCCCGAGAACAUCCUGCUGUGUGUGGGUGAUGCCUACAUCAGGCGCCUGGCCACUGAGGCCACCGAGUGGCAGCAGUCAGGGGCCCCGCCCCCAUCUCGCUCCACAGUCAGCACUGCCCCCCAGGAGGUCCUGACCGGUAAGCUGUCGAAGAACAAGAGGAAGAAGAUGAGGCGCAAACGGAAGCAGCAGAAGCGGCUGCUGGAGGAGCGGCUACGGGACCUGCAGAGGCUGGAGGCCAUGGAGGCAGCGGCCCAGGCUGAGGACUCAAGACUAGAGGGGGGCAGCGGCUCCACCUCCUCUUCUGGCUGCCACCCCGGGGGGGCCGCGGCCGGCCCCUCCCCGGCCUCCUCCUCCCCUGCCCCCGGGGGCAACCGCAGCUUCAGCCCCGGCUCCCAGACCUCAGGUUUCUCGGGCUCCCUCUUCUCCCCCGCCUCGUGCUCCAUCCUCUCAGGCUCUUCCAACCAGCGAGAAACUGGGGGCCUCCUGUCACCCAGCACACCGUUUGGUGCCUCCAACCUCCUGGUGAACCCCCUAGAGCCCCAAAAUGCAGACAAGAUCAAGAUCAAGAUCGCAGACCUGGGCAACGCCUGCUGGGUGCACAAGCACUUCACCGAGGACAUCCAGACACGGCAGUACCGGGCCGUGGAGGUGCUGAUCGGCGCCGAGUAUGGGCCCCCCGCCGACAUCUGGAGCACGGCGUGCAUGGCCUUCGAGCUGGCCACUGGCGACUACCUGUUCGAGCCACACUCCGGAGAAGACUACAGUCGUGACGAGGACCACAUCGCCCACAUCGUGGAGCUGCUGGGAGACAUCCCGCCGGCCUUUGCCCUCUCAGGCCGCUACUCCCGGGAGUUCUUCAACCGGAGAGGAGAGCUGCGGCACAUCCACAACCUCAAACACUGGGGCCUGUACGAGGUGCUCAUGGAGAAGUACGAGUGGCCCCUGGAGCAGGCCACACAGUUCAGCGCCUUCCUGCUGCCCAUGAUGGAGUACAUCCCCGAGAAGCGGGCCAGCGCGGCCGACUGCCUCCAGCACCCUUGGCUCAAUCCCUAGGCCCUGCUGGUGCUUUGGGCAGCUGGGGGCGGGCCUGGCUUCCCCCCCACCCCCAGCCCUCAGUGCCUUCAGGGAAAGCAGGACAGUCCCGCAACCCUGCGGGGCUGCCCUGGACUGCCCUGCCCACCUUGCCGAGUGCGAGCUCUGUCACACCUGCCUCAGCAGGGCAGACACAUGCCAGGGCCAGGCCCGCCUUGCAGAACUCGUUCUGCCCCCAACCUUCGCAGAGCCCUCUGAAUGGGAAGCGUGCGGUUUCUUUUCUUAAUAAAGCGUGACCUGAA